AGAUCCGACAAUGAGAUUCCCAGCCGCAGGGCUGUCAGUGCGCAUGCGCCUUCUCUGUGCCGCAGUGCAUCCUGGGUCAGGCCAUUCGGGACCAUCAGCGGCAAGUGUCGGGUCCGUGUCCGGGUGGAGACGGUCGAGUAUCGAGACUGUCCCGGAGACGCGUCCCGCCGUGUCGCUGCAGCUCGGCCCCGAUCCAUCCCAGCUCCAGCCUCAGGUCAGCUUCAUCCGCGACCCGGGGCACAGCGCCCGAGCCAAAAUAAAACUGCAGGAGGCCGCGGCGGGGGGAUUGGGACUUUCAGCCGCAGUGUGUUCGGGAUGGAGGUAACAGAUUUACAAGCCUCCCCUCAGCCAACCCUGCCGGCACAAACUCCUGUCUCCACAGCCGUGAACCCCUAUCAGUGUCCAAACUGCGGGAAGUGCUUCAAACGAUCGUGUAACCUGAUAGAACACCAGCGGGUUCACACCGGGGAGAAGCCAUUCAACUGCCCUGACUGUGGGAAGGGCUUCACACAGUUAUCCAACAUGAUUACACACCAGCGGAUUCACAGCGGGGAGAAGCCUUUCAUCUGCUCCGAUUGCGGGAAGAGCUUCGCCUUCCACUCCAACUUCGUGGUCCACCUACGCUUCCACACCGGAGAGAAACCAUUCAUCUGCUCUGAGUGCGGGAAGGGGUUCACACAGUCAUCGGAACUGAUGAAGCACCAGCGGGUUCACACCGGGGAGAAGCCAUUCAACUGCCCUGACUGUGGGAAGGGCUUCACACAGUUAUCCAACAUGCUUACACACCAGCGAGUUCACAGCGGGGAGAGGCCUUUCAUCUGCUCUGAAUGUGGAAAGGGAUUCACACAAUUAUCCAACAUGUAUUCACACCAGCGACUUCACAGCGGGGAGAAGCCUUUCACCUGCCCUGACUGUGGGAAGGGCUUCACACGGUUAUCCAACAUGAUUACACACCAGCGAGUUCACAGUGGGGAGAGGCCUUUCAUCUGCUCUGAGUGUGGGAAGGGAUUCACCCAGUCAUCGCACCUAAUGACCCACCAGCGAAAACACACCGGGGAGAGGCCGUUCAUCUGCUCUGAGUGUGGUAAGGGAUUUAGCGAUUCCUGUUACCUGCUGAGCCACCAACAGCUCCACACCGGGGUGAAGCCUUACACAUGCCCCGACUGUGGGAAGGGGUUCACUCUUUCUUGUGAUUUGCUGAAACACCAGCGGAUCCACACCGAGGAGAGACCGUUCACCUGCUCUGACUGUGGGAAGGGCUUCACCCGUUCAUCGGAAGUUUUAAAGCACCAGCGUAUCCAUACUGGAGAGAAACCGUUCACCUGUUCAGAGUGUGGGAAGGGAUUUACUGAACAAUCUUACUUACUGAUACACCAGCGUGUUCACAGUGAAGAGAAACUGUUCACCUGCACUGAGUGUGGGAAGGGAUUCACUCAAAUAUUUUACCUGAAGAGACACCAGCGUGUUCACACGGGGGAGAAACCGUACGUCUGCUCUGAGUGUGGGAAGAGCUUUGCUCAGAUAAACAACCUGAAGUCUCACCAGCGAGUUCACACGGGGGAAAGGCCGUUCACCUGCUCUGAGUGUGGGAAGAGAUUUAUUCAGUCCUGUCACCUGACAACACACCAGCGAACUCAUACUGCGGAGAAACCGUUCAAAUGCUCAGAGUGUGGGAAGGCCUUCAAUCAAACAUCAUCCCUGGUCGCACACCAGCGAAUUCACACUGGGGAGAAACCUUUCAAAUGCACAGUGUGUGGGAAGGGAUUUAGUCAACGAUCUUACCUAGUGGUACACCAGCGAAUUCACACCGGAGAGAAACCGUUUAUCUGCUCGGAGUGUGGCAGGGGAUUCAAUCAACAAAUCAGCCUGAAGAAACACAAGCAAGUUCACACUCGGGAGAAGCUGCUCACCUGUUCUGAGUGUGGGAAGAGGUUCACUCGGUCAUCCAGCCUGGUGAAACACCAGCGAGUUCACACGAGAGACAAGGUUUGAAUACGUCACGUGUGGAAUAUAUAUCCACAUGCAGAGAGACCCUCUCAGGGUGAUGGAUUCUGCAGUUACUGCUGGGUCGGCGUGGGCUGUAUCAUUGUUACUUUUCUUGUAGUUUAACUUUCUUAUGCUUGUUUGUGUUUUUAUAUAUUUACGUCUAUACAUGGAAUUGUUCCAGUGUUUACAGUUGCAUUCAUUGAUAAAAUUGCAGAAUAGACAGGAGGGGAACUGGAAAAAAAAGUUUAAAAAGUCAAAAAAUGAAAAGAAGUACAGAGGGCAUCUGGAGUGAAUCGGGCAGAUGAAAUUAUGGCAACAAAGUUGAACACUGUAUCACAAACAUACAGGGUAUUUGAGAGAUGCAACCUCGGUGCUGUGAGAAAGAAAUGUUGUUCUGCAUGGAGAAGAUUGGGAGUGAUGGAGCAUUGAAUCAUAGACUGGUAGCCCCAACUGUGUUGCUUCCUUAUCUGGCUCAGCAGAUCCACCCCCCAGACAACAAUGAUCAGCAGCUUCUCCUGCACCCCUACUCCAUCUUUGCAUCUACAAGUGAACUACGUUACCAAGGUGUUGAGGUGCUCAAUGUACUGAUCAUAAUGGAGAAAAUUAACUAUUUUGUGAAAUUAACCCAAGAUGUGCCGUCUGCUUCCCAACAGGUUUCUGCCACUUGGAGUGAUCAAACACCCUGAUUCCUGCUGAGAUUCCCAUAAGGAACUACUGGGAGCUCAGUGAGAAGGGCCUGAACUAACGUUGUUAAUUACUAAUUCAGAUGUGAAAGUAAGUGAAUAAACGUGACUCACUGCAAAUAAGCUUAAUUAGUUCCUGAUGAAGACAAUAAGGUGCUGUGGUUAAUGUGCUGGAACAGUUAACAGGUGACACUUCGAAGGCCAUGUGGCCGGGAGUUCAGAAGCCUAAAGGCCUGGGGAAAGAAACUGUUCCUUAUCCUGACUGUCCUUGUUUUUAUGCGUCAUAGUCUCCUGCCUGAUGGUAGAAAGUCAAAGAGGAUGCUGGAUGGGUGGGUGGGAUCUUCAAUAAUAAUAAGGGCCCUGCGUAUACAGCGCUCCUGAUAAAUGUCCCGAUGGAUGGUGGGGAGACCCCUAUGAUCCUCUCAGCUGUUCUCACAGUCCCUUGUAGGGGCUUCUGGUCUGAUGCUCGACAGCUCCCAUAACAGUUGGAGAUGCAACUUGUCAGGACUCUCAAUCUCUCAUUGUGCUAUUUAUUUAUUUAGAGAUUCCUCACGGAUUAUACCCCUCUGGGUCUUUGAGCCACAAUGCCAGCAACCCACUGCUUGAACCCUAACCUAAUCCCAGGACAAUUUACAAUGACCAAUUGACCGACUGUGGGAGGAAUCCAGGGCACGCAGAGGAAACCCUCACAUUCCGUGGGAGAUGUGUAAGCUCCUUACAGGGGAGACAGGGAUUGAACUUGGAACUCUGACACCCCGAACUGAAGUAGCAUCAUGCUGACUGUGACAAUACCGUGGUGUAAUCCCCUCAUUUUUGUAACGCUUAAUAAAUCGAUCGUAAACAAUUGUUUUUUCCCUCGUUCUUGACUUCCAAAGAAACUGGAUCGUAAAAACAUCAGGAUCCAACAGCAACUUCUUAUUACCUAGGAGAGACCUUGGUGAUAGGGGAAAAUGACGGUUAACUACGCCCUAUAUUUGGAGUGGAG